GCUUAUGAAUCUGGCAUCAUCAUCUGGAUCCACAUAAAUAUUUCAAGCGCAGCGGUGCUGCACGUGUUUUUGUUUUUUAUUUUAUUAAAAUAAAUAUAUAAAUUUUCAAAAAUUUCGCUGAAAUUAAUAUAAUUUGAAUUACUCAGUUGUUGGUAGACUUUUGAAAAAAUGGAAUAUGUUGAUUUUUCUGGCGGUACCGCAACUGAUGCUACAGCUAACAAUGAUGUACAACAGUCUGUGAUAUUAUGUUGCGAAUGUGGUGUGGCUAUCCAACCAAAUCCUUCGAAUAUGUGUGUCACUUGUCUACGUAAUCACGUUGACAUCACCGAAGGUAUUCCUAAGCAGGCUGUGCUUCAUUUUUGCCGCAAUUGUGAACGUUAUUUGCAACCCCCCGGGGAAUGGAUACAGGCAGCAUUGGAAUCCCGAGAAUUGUUGGCUCUUUGUCUCAAAAAGUUGAAAGGACUAAAAGAAGUUAAACUUGUUGAUGCUGGGUUCGUGUGGACAGAGGCUCACUCUAAACGUAUUAAAGUUAAAUUAACUGUACAUGGAGAAAUAUCUGGUGGCACAGUGCUCCAACAAGUUUUCAUAGUGGAAUUUACAAUACAGAAUCAAAUGUGUGAUGAUUGUCAUCGUACGGAGGCCAAAGAUUUCUGGCGCUGUAUGGUGCAGGUUCGCCAACGUGCUGAAAACAAGAAAACGUUCUAUUAUUUGGAACAAUUGAUAUUAAAACACAAGGCCCAUGAAAAUACUUUGGGCAUUAAACCCAAGCAUGGCGGUUUAGAUUUCUACUAUGCCAACGAAAAUCAUGCUCGCAAAAUGGUUGAUUUCUUACAAACAAUGGUUCCCGUUAAAAUAACAUCUUCGAAGCGUUUAAUUUCCCAUGAUAUACACAGCAACAAUUUUAAUUAUAAAUAUACUUGGUCGGUGGAUAUUGCUCCCGUAUCGAAGGACAGUGUUGUAUGUUUGUCCAAAAAGUUGCGACAACAGUUAGGAAAUCUUUCUCCUAUAUGUUUAAUACACAAAGUGACAAGUGGAAUACAUUUAAUAGACCCUAUGACUGCUCAGAUUGCCGAACUAUCUGGUCAAGUAUUUUACCGUUCUCCCUUCGGUCCCAUUUGCAAUCCCAAGCAAUUGGUGGAGUACGUUGUAAUGGACGUCGAAAUAAUUAUGGAUAAAGAUCGUAAAUAUUACCCAGGCCAGGGACAAUUGUCUUUCCGUCACGUACUCUGUGAUAUUUGGGUUGUACGAGCUUCUGAACUAGGUAUCAACGACAAUCCCAUACAUACACGCUCACAUUUAGGUCACAUUCUCAAAGUCGGAGAUUCUGUGUUGGGUUAUAAUAUAGGUGAGGCCAAUAUCAACGACAAUGAAUUUGAAAAGCUCACGGCCGAACAAAUUCCCGAUGUAGUUUUGGUGAAAAAAUGUUAUAUUGAUCGCCAGACACGCUCGAAUCAGCGUUUGUGGAAAUUACGCCAUUUGGCGGAUGAAGCUACAGAUGAACGUAGUAAAAACGAUUAUCAUGAAUUUUUGGAAGAUUUAGAAGAAGAUCCAGACUACCGUAGACAAGUUAAUAUUUAUCGCGAUGCUAAGAAAAUUCCAGUUGACGGCGGAGACACUUUGGGUUUCAAUGAUAAUGUUCCACGUAUUACUUUAGCAGAAAUGUUGGACGAUUUAACUUUGGAUUGUGCUGAUGAUGAAAUGGGAGAAACGGAGGAUGCACCUGAGGAACCUCAAUUGUAAAAAAAUUGUAUUUUUAUUAAUACAUAAAUUUAUUAUUAUUAUUAUUAUUUUAAUGAAUUAUUGGAAAAUAUUACGUUAAUGUACUAUAUAUACUAAAGAUGAAAAGGAUUUAUUAUGAAUAA